UCCCUGCUUACAUCAUAAACGAAAGUACGUUUGACCAGCAACACAAAACAGGGCGCUUCAAGCCAAACAGACGGUUCCUUUGUUGUCAAAACAUGUCUGGAAGAGGUAAAACCGGGGGGAAGGCCCGCGCGAAGGCCAAGUCUCGUUCAUCCAGAGCUGGACUUCAGUUUCCAGUCGGACGUGUACACAGAUUAUUACGCAAGGGAAAUUACGCCGAGCGCGUAGGCGCAGGAGCCCCCGUGUACUUGGCCGCUGUCCUGGAAUACCUAACGGCUGAGAUCCUCGAGCUGGCAGGGAACGCAGCCCGAGACAACAAGAAAACCAGAAUCAUCCCCCGUCACCUGCAACUGGCUGUCCGCAACGACGAAGAGCUCAACAAGCUUUUAGGCGGUGUUACCAUCGCCCAGGGAGGAGUGCUUCCAAACAUCCAGGCAGUGCUGCUGCCCAAGAAAACCGAGAAGCCAGCCAAGAGCAAGUAACGUUAACGGGGCUUCGCGAUCAUGGACAAUGACACAAACGCAGCUCGGCUAGUUUGAGUCCAAAUAAUGUUAUGUUCCCUACUUCACACUAUAUUGUGUUUGUUUUAAUGAAGAUGACAGCUGCAUCUUGUAAACUUUGAUUUUCUUUUUUUGGUGUCGAUAAUUGCUCUUUUGGACAGAUGCACUCCCUCACACAAGAAGAGAUCUACACCACCACUGGCUAUAAAUGGCCAUGGGACAUUUAACCUGCCAUCACGGUGGACUAUCCUCACUGGGAAAAAAAGAAAAAGAAAACUCCAUUCGUGGGAUGAAUGAACAUCAGUAUUUCAUCGUACAUGGACCAAUGUUGGUUACAGUUUAUUUGUCACUGCUUUAAAUUACAUGCAAGUCAUGUCCUUUAUCUGCUGUUCAAGUGAUUAUGUUGUUUCAAUAAAUGUUAAGGGCCAGUGGAAGGCACAAAGAA